UGUCUCCCCAUCUUCAUCUACGUCUAUUAACCUACCCCAAGUGGUAUCCCUAUUGAAAAAAAAAACAUGGCUAAAUUCAUGCAAAUUCUUUUGGUCGCUUGUUUGGCUUUUGCCUUAUGCUCGGCUGAAGCUCCACGUUCUCGCGGUGCGCGCUUCCAACCGGUAAGGCGUAAUCGUUUCCUGGCCCGCCAGGAAGUUGCUGAAGAGCCUGCUGCUGUCACACCCUAUCCCUCUGCCGAUGAGUUGAAGCCUGAGGUUCCAUUCGAAGAAGCUGCUGCUGCUGAUGAGCAACCAGCCAACCAACCUGAUGAAGUCUAUGGUCCUCCCGAACAAGAUGCGCCUGCUGCAGGCACUGAUGAUGUUGAUGUUCCUGCUGAGGAUGAAGCUGUGGCCGCCGAAGAAGAAACAGUUGCCGCUGAGGAAGAGACUGUGGCCUCAUCUCGCCUUACUGCCCGCCGUGGAGCUGUACGCAAGAGCUCUGUACGUUCUGCAAAAUUGCGUAAGGCUGCUCCCGCUCGCCUUCAAUUGCAGCGUCAGGUUGCUGCCCAACCCGUCUUUUACUAUGUGGCCCAAUAAAUUUCUGGCUGUUGGUCGUACAGGGGUGUUUAGUAGAACUUUAAACCAAAUCCUUAUGUAUUAACUUAAUUUUAAGUGUUUUGCACAUUUUAAAGUGAAUUUAGUCAUGUUGAAAUCUUUAGGACAAUAUACGAAAAAUACUAACAAGGAAAACAUUAAAAAUCUGAUAAAGGAAAAUCGAA